AUGAUCUUGAGUAUUGGGACUCCGCUUCUCUCUCAGGCUCUCACGAUCAUCGCUCGCUUUCGCCUCGUCGCCUGGAACCUGAACAAGUCGCUCGUUUUCUCUUGCAUCACCAACUCACUCGUUCCAACCUCAUUUCCGAUAUCCCGCAGCCCGCAAAACAACAAGACCAAAGACAUGGCGCGCUACCUUCUCCCCGUCCUGGCCUUCACGGCCGCCGUCCUGGCCAAGACCGACCUGGAGGGCUGCACCUCCUUCACCUCGACCGUCACAGUCAAUCCAUCGCCGGGUUACGGCAACACUUACGAGACCGUCAUCUGGUACGUUCCCGACACGCUCGAGAUCUGCGCCGGCGUCGAUUGCGGCGGCGGCCGCGCCCCGCCCCGCAAGGUCCCCGGCUGCCCGGCCUACUCCGGCACCGAGACCGUGACCGCGAGCUUCCUCCCCACCAACCCGGCCGCCCUCCGGCCCACGGCGACUCCCACGGCGACUCCCACCGCCUUCACCACGGUGCUCGGCGAGACAGACGCCGACAAGGCCACGGCGACGACGUCGGCCACCGUGAGCAAGCGGACCAGCACCAUCAUCAAGAUCGUCACAACAACGUUGUCCACGGGCCAGGCGAGCGGCACGAAGCACGCCAUCGGGAGUGUCGACCCCACGGACGGCGCGUCGAGAGGCAACGGCACGGCGUCGGCGACGACGAGGGCCACGGUGACGUCCACGAUUACAACUACGCCGGCGGCGGGUGGGAGCGGGUCAGGGAGCGGAGCUGCCGGGGCUUCGAGCACAGAGGUCCCGGCCGGGGCAGGGCCGACGGCUCGCGCCGGUGUGGCGGUCAUCAUUGGUGUAGCCGCUGCCAUCGCUGCGUUUGCUUGAGCGGAUCAUGAUUGGUCUCGAGUCCGAGUAGGAGCGGCUUGAGGGAUUCUUGUCUGCGAGACUAGAUCCCUUUCCGGCGUAGGGCGAUCCUAAUCGCAUGUACUGUACUUCGUUUCUGGUGCGGGCAAUGAUGUCAGGCGUCCUCUGGGUAGUGCUCCUCACGACGGCACUCGUGGGACAAACGCCGAUUUAUAAAUUAUCCUUGACCUUAUUAUCUUCUAAGUCGCUGGGCAUUUCUGUAGGAUCACCCGUGGAAGUUUCUUAUUGGUGAGCUUUCUGCUCUUGGGUACACGAGCAGAGUAGGGAAUGCCAAAGGGCGAUCACCUGUUU